AUGUCUCUUUUCUCUCUGCAAUUUCGAGCCAUGUUUAGAGCAAUGAACAAGAGAAAAGGUCGCCGGGGAUACGAUCAGUUGAUCAGCGAAUCCACCAUCGUCGACAAUCUACCGCCGGAGCCUAAGAUGAUCAGAUCCACAUCGUUGCCUGCAAAUUCCUCCAGCGAUUUUCCGGUGAAAGUAGAUCUCACAGACAAGCAAAUGAGAAAGGUGAGGAAAGUGCAUCCGCUCUACAGCUUAUUAGAGAAGAGGAGGAAGAAGAAGGCGACUGCUAAACCGGAGUUUUCAAGGUACUUGGAGUAUCUCAAGGAAGGAGAGUUUAGCCGACGACUUCUUCGUGGAAGAGUGGCGGCGUCGGCGACGACCUUACCCACCACUGGUUCUCGAGCAUCCUUCCGACAAACCAGAUUUCUUGCCUCUUGCCUUUCAAUUGUUGGCCCUAUCGUUCUUGGUGAUGAGAUGAUAGGAAGAGGUGGCGGUAUGGGGUUGGUAGGGUUGACAAGAGGCGGCGACAGUAUGGGAGAAGGAAGGCUCCCAGAGAAGCGUGGUCGGAGAAGGUGA